UGUAAUAUCUCUUGAUUGCGUGUGUGAGUGAUGUCUCCGCCAUUGAAUUUCACUAUAGCCGAGAAUUGAAAUAGGUCGUACUUUUCUUAAAUCGGCUAAAAUCUUCGGAAUCUUUCCUCUUUCACUUAAUCUAUUUAGUCAUAUUCCGUGGACAAACAUUAUAUCCGAUGGCAGACAGAGAUACAGAUGAGUUAAACAUCGAUAAUGUAAUAAAAAAAUUAUUAAAAGUACGAGGCGAGAAGCCUGGUAUGAAUGUACAGUUGACAGAAAUAGAGAUCAAAGGGCUAUGCUUGAAAUCGCGGGAAAUAUUCUUGUCACAACCGAUAUUACUUGAAUUGGAAGCCCCGUUAAAAAUAUGCGGAGACAUUCACGGACAGUACUAUGACCUUCUAAGGCUGUUUGAGUAUGGGGGCUUCCCGCCCGAGUCCAACUACCUAUUCCUCGGAGACUACGUGGACCGCGGCAAGCAAUCCCUGGAGACCAUAUGCUUGCUGCUCGCAUACAAGAUCAAAUACCCAGAGAACUUCUUCCUAUUACGGGGGAACCAUGAGUGUGCUAGCAUUAACAGAAUUUAUGGAUUCUAUGAUGAGUGUAAAAGAAGGUAUAACAUCAAGUUAUGGAAAACGUUUACAGACUGCUUCAACUGCUUACCUGUAGCAGCGAUAGUUGACGAGAAAAUCUUCUGCUGCCACGGCGGACUGUCGCCCGAUCUGCAGGCGAUGGAACAGAUCCGGCGGAUCAUGCGGCCCACAGACGUGCCGGACCAGGGGCUGCUCUGCGACCUGCUCUGGUCGGACCCCGACAAGGACACCGCCGGCUGGGGCGAGAACGACCGCGGAGUCAGUUUCACAUUCGGCACCGAGGUGGUGGGCAAGUUCCUGUCGAAGCACGAGUUCGACUUGAUCUGCCGCGCGCACCAGGUGGUCGAGGACGGCUACGAGUUCUUCGCUAAGCGGCAACUGGUCACGCUCUUCUCGGCGCCCAACUACUGCGGCGAGUUCGACAACGCUGGCGCCCUGAUGUCCGUGGACGAGACACUCAUGUGCUCGUUCCAGAUUCUCAAGCCAGCGGACAAACGUAAGCUGUACUCCGGUCUCAACAUGGGCCGGCCCAACACGCCGCCCAGGGCGCAGCCGAAGAACAAAAAGAACUAAUCGCCCGCCGCCGCCGACGACUUGCAUGGAUUCCCACUAAACCACCAUCGUACGGACCGCCCGCCGUUGACAGUUGCACUCGUAUCGCUUCGACAUGCUUCCAAACUUGACGACCGCGUCGCUUCCACUGGGGCCUACGUUUGAGCGGCAACAGUGUAGCGAUCAAACACUUUGUACAGUGUAAACGCACCCCGUGCGCGCACACUGCCCACAAAUAUGUGGCGCGAGUUUUAAAAAUUCACAAGCAUUUUAUCUUUUUAAUUUUGUGGCCAUCUUGAAUUUGUUCGCAUUGUGCGCGCACUUAACAACGAUGCCGUACUGUCAACGGUGUACGUUCAAACCUUAGAUUUGUAUGUAAUUACAUUCGCAUUGUAUUAUUUUUAAAAAUUAUAAAAAAUUCGCAAUCAAGUAUUAUUGAAUUAGCAUUGUUUUGCCCGCUUUCUCCGAAACAUUGGUCACAUAAUGAGUCUGUUCACUACGAAAGUCCGUUGCACGUUCCACAACAAAUUGCAGGACAAUUCGGCGGCAACACGGACUUGGAACUUGUCUCAAGUUAAUUUACACAUGGGUCCGUUGGCGCGACUAGCGGACGACGUUAUAGUCGCCCGUGUGUAAAGCUAUACUCAACUCUCCUACCCGCCAUUGUACUGUGAAACUGCCUAUGUCGCAUGUAGUUAUUAUUUUUUUAUUAUUAUUAUUAUACUUUUACUAUUAUUACUCUUUUUUUUUAUUGGAUAGGCAGUUAAGUGGCGCCGGGAACUCCCUGUGGGCGUUAUAAAUGUGGAUGAAUUUUUCGCGAGUGUUGCAGGAGUGUUUCUGUCUGUACGGAUGUGUUGUAUGGUUGCUGUCGUGUACGCUUGUGUUGCAUUCAAUAUACAGUUUAAUUAGGGUGAGCUCGGCGUGAACGCUGAAGGCGUAUGAACGACAUUUAUUCCGCUAACGGCGACCACAGAGCGAUUUUUAAUCGCCAGUCUGCAAAAAGAUUUACGACAAUAACGCAUCCGCGUUAUUCUUAUUUAACCUAUUCGUCCGUCACGUUGACGCCGAGCGUAAUUUCGGUAAAUUGGAUUUAUGACCCAAAAUGUAUGAGACAUUGAUGAAAAUGGUAUAAAACUUACAAUAAGUAGUAAGCGUAAAUAUUGUAAACAACGCGUAGAUUAUUAUGAACAAAGUAUAUGAAUAAUUUAAAUGAACACCGUCCUCAUCUCGGACGCGGUAGAACGUAAUGUACCCAAUGCUUCAACGCUCUCAUGUGACACGCAGAGUAGAGCGAUUGUAAUAGUGUUCAAAAUAAGCUUGGUUAUACCAUUGUGAGUUGCGUAAAAAUAAAUAAAUGGUGCACUGCAUGUAAUGUAAAAAUGGCCGACAACAAUUAAUUAAUAAAUCGUCACAAUUACUAAAGGAUUAUUUAUUUAGUUUUUUUUUUUUUUAUAUGCUCGUACGUUGUGAUGUGUAACCUUGAACUUGAAUCGUAUGUUAGUAGCGGAAACUGAGGAUUGCUUCGUUUUUUACAAUAAAAAGAAAAAUUGUGGAUAAUUGUUAUUGGCUUUAAACAGACUAUGUAACACUGUUGUUGAUAUUUUUAAAACUACUGUAAAAUAAAUAUUAUAUUACACUUAAUUAUCUAUAUAAUUGUGUAAUUCAGAUUUAACCAUAGUUAUAUAGUUGCUGAAACUGAAAGAUUCCUUUGCUUUUUACAAUAAAAAAAAUGUCCUAGCAAACAUAUUUGUUCCACUGUGGAUGAACUAUACUGUUGCUGCAUUUGUAAAUGACGGCUCGCGUCACGGCCGCUCAUGACUAAGGGUCCCUGAUGAUCCCGAAACUAGAGCAUGCUCGACUAAAAUACAAUGUAGGUGAAUCCGGGUGUACCUACAUUUAAAUACUUUGUCAAUUGUUGUUUUAUAAGGAAAAAAAAACAAGCAAUAAGAAUAUGCAGUUAUGUCUGUGAAAAAACAGCCAAGGAAUAAAAAUAUGCAGUUAUAAUUCUGUGGAGUCACAUGAGAGACGUUAAUUGCAACCAUAUUGAUUUGAUCACUGCUGUAGACUGACAGCGGGCAGAGACCGUCGCGUCGCCCUUCUAAUUGAUGUACGAGCAAAUAUUGUAUAUUGGUUUCGUAAAUAAAUUAACUUUGAAGAAAUUA